AUGGCCACUCCAACAAAAAAGACUAAAAUGUCUGACCUCAUAAAUUAUCGUCUCAAAAUUACAACUAUUGAUAAAAGAACUUUUGUAGGACAAUUAUUGGCCUUUGAUAAUCAUUUAAAUCUAGUCUUAAGUAAUACCGAAGAAUCCAGGAUCACCAAAAAAUCAUACUCGGAUCUUAAAAAGGGUUCCAUCACCUCAGAUAGUAUAGUAGAAGAAAAAAGAUCUCUUGGAUUAAUAAUUCUCAGAGGUGAGCAGGUCGUAAGUUUCAAUAUAGAAUCUCCACCACCCUUACUGGUGAAAGCCAGAGUAUUGGAGAAGGGUAAGGGAAUAUCUCGUCCCUUAAAAGUGCCUGUGAGUGUGAAAUCAAAAUCUUUGCAGGGACCUAUAAAGACUAAGUGA